GCUAGCUUGGUUCGUCAACUAACGAACCUAAGCUAGCUAAGCGCUUACUUUUGAGAGCCGCGACUGAACACAUUAAACGUUAAUUGCUGACUGUAAACCUUUUAGUAAUCCAUCAUGUCCUAAAUCAGCCCCAGAGAACAGGUGACAUCGACUCACAGCAAAGCAGUCUGGACCUGACAGUAAUGCCACUUCCUGUUUAGGAAGUGUGGGGACAAUUGAACCUCAGGUAAACUUUUGCCUUCGCUUAUCAGCAGCGGAUGUCCUGAGUUAUUCUGCAAGAUGAUACGAACUGAGAACUUUAAAAUGACCCUUCAAGUUUUGAAAGACGUGGUUCCUGUCCUCACUGGCGGGAUUCUAAUUGUGGUACUUUUAUCGUGCGUUUUGUUCGGCAUCCAAACAUAUUUCAACUUCACUCAGGGGGUUUUCAGUGUCGGGGCCACUGUGUUUCAGAAUGGACACCUCCACAGGCUGCUGACGUACCCCUUUUACCACAAAACCUCCGCCCAGCUUCUCCUGAACAUUACCGCCUUGGUGUUUCUCAGCGGCAGUCUGGAGAAAGGUGUUGGAACUGUGCGCUUCCUGUUCUUGUUCUUCCUGCUGUCGACCACCACGGGCUUGUUUUACAGCUUCCUGGAUCUUCUGCAAAGUGACAGUGGCAGCCAGAGUCACACCGAGGGGUUGGUUCCUGUGACCCUGGCAUGCGUGGCUCUGACUACCAUGCACACAAAAAUGACCAAAGGGUUCCUGUGUGGAGUCAGUUUCCCCGCCAUGGCUCUCCCUUGGGUGCUCCUCAUAAUCACCACGGCCCUCAUUCCUCACAGUGUGCUCCCCUGUAACAUCAUCGGCAUCCUGGUCGGGUGGAUGUACGGGAAAGGCUGGCUGUCUCUUCUGAACAUGUCGGAGGCCAGGGCUGGUGCGCUGGAGAAGACGAUGCCUUUUAGGUUGUUGAGGAGCAUCAGAGGAGUGAAGUUUGUCCCCGCUUCCACAGAGGACAGGAGGAAGACCCUCCUUCCACGGAUCAAUCCAACGCCUGGGUCCUACCCGGUCCAGGCUUACGCUCCGUUGCCCAGCGUUGGCACUGCCAAUAGAGCCAAUGUUUAUGAAGGCUGGCCGAAUUCAACCAGUGCCCUGUCCGGUCCCACACCACCUCUCAAUGCUCAUGGACAUGGCUCUGCACAUAGCUUUGGGCUAAGUCAAGGACAUUCUUCAGAUCAGAAUUUUGGCCAAGGCUGCAACCACAACCAUAGUGAUGGUCAUGGUCAUAGUCAUGAUCAUAGUGAUGGUCAUGGUCAUAGUCAUGACCAUGGUCAUAGUCAUGGUCAUGGUCAUAGUCAUGAUCAUAGUGAUGGUCAUAGUCAUGACCAUGGUCAUAGUCGUGGUCAUAGUCAUGACCAUGGUCAUAGUCAUGGUUAAUUAUAGUCAUGGUUAUUUAUGAUUGCUUUAAAACACUCCAUACAGAUGAGCCCUGUUCUGUCAAUACUAUAUUUUCCACAGUUAAACCCAUGUGGGCACCUGCAGCACCUCUUGUCCUUGGACUGCAUCUUCUAAAAUGUCAAAUGCUCUGACUCAUUAAGCUGACUUUACAGUAGGCUUCUAGCGUCUGCCUGGAUGUAUAUUUAUAGGACAUUUAUAUAGGACGUUCAAUUGUUAUGGCUGACUUUUGUCUAAACAUUUUUUUUUUUUUUUAAAUAUACCUGUAUCUUGUACAAAUUUCCCCUCAUUCCUAGAAAAUAAACUAUGGUGUGCAAAACAAAACAUCUUUAGAAAAAAAUAUUUUCUUUUGCCUCUCAACGGCUCUCAACAUGGCGACGACUCAGCGAAUGAUGCAACACACAAAAUGAACGUCAUCAAACUUUCGUCAUCUAGUUUGAUAGAUUUUGGUGUGUAAAAUAUUGCUAUCUCUGGCUCAACGUUACACUCUCUGCUAGCACCUGCCC